UACAACUUAAUUUUUCUUGCAGAUUGUUGCGAAAAUAGUGUCCCCCGUGAUUGCUUACAGCAAUGCCUACAUGAACAGACAGUGGAUCCACAGAUUACCUCUUGUAUUUCAGAAAGUCACAAAAUGCUUGCAUGCUUUGCUGAUGGACGGGAUCACAGGAUUUGUUGUGAGAAGGGAGGAUUAUCCCACUCGUGUCUCCCAAUUUGCGGUGGCCAUGCUUUGUCUACAGAUGUUACCAUAGCAACCUGCAUGAGUUAUGCUAAUCGGGACAUUAUCGUCAGCUGUUUCUUGGAAAAUAAAGGUCUUACAUUUAUUUUAACAGAUAAAAUUUUUCUCUGCUAA